AUGUACCGCUCCACCAAGGGCGCCUCCAAGGCGCGGCGGGACCAGAUCAACGCCGAGAUCCGCAAUCUCAAGGACCUGCUGCCCAUCCCGGAAGGGGACAAAGUCCGGCUCUCCUACCUGCACAUCAUGUCGCUGGCGUGUAUCUACACCCGCAAGUCCAUCUUCUUCGCCAAAGGUGCCCUGGGAGGGCUGGAGAGCCUGCUGUCACCCCAGGACCUGGAAGAGUUCGUGCAGACGCUCCCAGGCUUCCUCCUGGCGUUCACCGGCGAAGGGAAGCUGAUCUACGUCUCGGAGAACGUAGCAGAGCACCUGGGACAUUCGAUGGUGGACCUGGUAGCCCAAGGAGACAGUAUUUACGACAUCAUUGACCCCACCGACCACUUUGUGAUGAGAAAUCAGCUGGCGCUGCCCUCCCCGACUGAUACAGACCGCUUGUUCCGGUGCCAUUUCAACACCUCCAAGACCGUGCGGCGCCAGAGCGCGGGGAACAAGCUGGUGCUAAUCCGAGGCCGCUUCCACCAGCCACCGUCCGGCUCCUACUGGUCCACCAACCCCGUCUUCAUGGCCUUCUGCACCCCGCUAGAGCCCAAGCCACGGCUCAGCCACAAUUCGCUCUUCCUGGCCUCCUUCGAGAGCCGGCACACCAAGGACCUGGCCAUCCUGGACAUCUCAGAGAGUGUGAUCUUCCAUCUGGGCUUUGAGAAGAGUGAGCUCCUAUGCCGGUCGUGGUACAGCCUGAUGCACCCAGAGGACCUGAGCCACGCCUCAGCCCAGCACUGCCGCCUGUUGGGCGAUGCUGGUGAGCCACAGGUGGAAAUGGUCGUCCGACUCCAGACCAAGAAUGGUGUCAGCUGGGUUUGGAUCUACUCCCUGGCACGCAUGGAGAGCGCUGAGAUCCCCGUCACCUGCCACAACUACAUCAUCAGUGACUCGGAAGCCUGGUGCCUGCGUCAGCAGCUGGCCUCGGAGGAGCCGCAGGUGGCCUACGUGCUAAGCGCCGCGCCGCCCUACUCCGAGGGGCUGCUGUCCCCGGCGCAGCUCUCCAGCCCCGACCAGGUCUUCACGCCCCUGUCCGGCACACCCACCGGUGCCGCCCCGGUGCCCUCCUUCGAUUUCGCCAGCCUGGAGUAUGCAGAGGGCACCAGCCUGAGCCACGAGGGAGCAUCGAUGGCCAUGGAGCUGGGCAAUCUCUCCUCCAUGGAGGAGGCCUCCAGCUCCACCCAGGGCCAGCCGGGCAAAGACACCGAGUUCAGCUACGUGUUCUUCCCCACUGCCUACGAGCCGGCCUUCCGGAGGGACAACCCAGGUGGCUCCGCCAAGGACUUUGUCUGCACGCCUCCCUACACGCCCCACCAGGGCUGCACCUUCAUGUUCGGGACCCAGGAGUCCUACCCUCCCACCACAGCCACCUCCCCUCCCACCACCACUUCCUCCGAGCUCCUCUACCCUCCGGAGAACUGCAGUGCUCUCUAUGAGAAGUUGCCGCCCACUCCUGACAGCCCCGGUAAUGGGGAUUGCACCGUCAUGACGCUGCCGGAGGUCAGAGCCCCCCUCUAUAUUGAUGUGCCCAUGGUGCCCGAGGGGGUGCUCACCCCGGAGGCCUCGCCCAUCAAACAGACCUUCUUCAGAUAUUCUGAAAAAGAAAAGACUGAGAUUGACCUGCUGGCCAGGCACAUCAGCAGCUUGGCUGAAGACUUCAGCUCCUUCCACUCCACGGAGCUCUCCCUCCAGGCAAAGCAAGGCCAGGUCACCCGCAGCUCCUCCCUGCCUGCCGGCAUGCCCAGCCCCUGCCUGGACUUCCAGCCCCUCAAGAGCUGGAGGAGCAUUGACUUCUCCUUCCUUUCCUGCCCCGAGGAGAGCCUCCUGGAAGCGGACACCGUGGAGAACCUUCUCCAGGACCUGUCCACCUCUCUGUUCGAGAAGAGUGGCGCCGGUGUCCGGUGCCCCCUCCACCACCACUUCUGUGGUGGGAACGUCAGUAGUCCACUAAGCUUGGACGCCGAAGAGAGCGGCAGUGGGACCUUGGCUCCCUCGCCCUCCACGGACCUGUCUCCAGAAGAGCAGUGCUUUCUGGAAGAACUGGCCUCCUAUGAAACAGUCUUUGAGACAUGUGCCUCAAGGUCGCCCUGUGAUGGGUUAGAUGAGUUGUAUCAACUCCAGAGCCACCUGCAAGACAGCUUCCAUGAAGAUGGAAGCGAAAGUGACCCUUCGUUCUGA